AGGGGAUACUAAGUUUUCUUAUGUGCUGUCGUGAAUAUUAUGGUGGUCGAAAUCCAAUCGAAAAUCUAGAUGGGCUUUUUCGCUCUAGUGUACUGUGUACGACGAUUUUUGUGAAAAAAGUUUCCAUUAGACUUUUUCCCCCUCCCCUGUCCUAAGACAAGAGCUAGUAGCCCGCACUGUUACAGUACUAUACCCAAGAGAGACUUAUCCUCCCCCAGAAGUACUAGAUAUUUCACAUCGUUCAUACAGCUUCAUCACCUCCCUCCCCACAACCUCAACAUGCUCGCCGAGGCUCUUUCUUCCGGCGCGCAGACCCGGCGGCGCGUUCUGUCUAUCCAGAGCCACGUGGUUCACGGUUACGUCGGUAACAAAUCCGCGAUCUUCCCCCUCCAGCUCCUCGGCUUUGACGUGGAUCCGAUAAACUCCGUGCAGUUUUCCAACCACACGGGCUACCCGUCUUUUUCCGGGGAUAUUUUGAAACCGGAUCAGCUCUGGUCGUUGUUCGAAAAACUGCCACAGCUCCAAGUCAAGUACUCCCACGUUCUAACCGGCUACAUCGGCAGCAGGCAGUUCUUGGAAACGGUCGGAAAAAUCGUGGCCGAACUCCGGCAAAACGCGCCGGAGCUGAUUUACGUCUGCGACCCGGUUUUGGGCGACAACGGGAAGUUUUACGCGCCGAAAGACUUGGUUUCCGCGUUCCAAGACACCAUUUUACCCCUCGCGACAAUUCUAACCCCGAACCAGUUCGAGUGCGAGCAACUGACGGGGAUGAAGAUCGAGACUUUGCAGGACGCCUGUGCCUGCUGCGACAGGUUGCACGAACUCGGGCCGCCGCACGUGUUCGUCACUUCUCUCGAUAUCUUCGCCGAGUCGGAGGGGGUGAUCACCAUGUUGUAUUCCUCGAAAAGUCCGGUCGUGAUUGAGCAAAAUCUUGAGGAGUCUGAGGGUGACGAAAAUAAAGCAGAAUCCGAGCUGUCCUCUACCGCGGUCAGCCCGGGGAACAAGUACUUGCUGAAACUCCCUUUAUUACAUUUCGCCGCCGCGGCCAGUCCGAGCAGGAAAAGCUCAACGCAUAGCCAUCUUGUUCCGGGGGAACAACAGUCCUCCGGAGUUGUAGCAGAGAAGGAACUAUCAAAUGCAAAAAUGUUUGGGUCAGGAAGAAUGCAAGAUUUGUGAAGCAGUUUUUCCAUGACCCAUGAGGCCUGGAAUGCAGCACCUAGCAUGACAAACCCUGUGAGGUGUUUAUCAUGCCUAUCCUGCAUGAGAAACUCCCUGUCAAACUGGUCAAAAGUGGACAUCUUUUGGUAAUCACGCAACGCAAAUUUUUGCAUGCUUCAGAUUCAGCAUGACAAGUUCCAUGCUUCCAGACCUGGACAUUUUUGCAUUUGAUAGAAACCACCGACCACGGGAACCGGGUUCACCGGCACCGGGGAUCUCUAUUGAGAGGAAAAAUCUCCCCUCCCCAUAUCGAAAAGGUAUCUUUCCGAAAAUUUGCGUUGCUGAUUUGAGGUCACAAAUCACAUUGCUCUUGCAAGAAGACAAGGGCAGAAGCUUCCGCCCCAUUAUGGAAGCGAUUUGUCAUGCUGUUGGGCCUAAAGGUCAGCCGUUUGCAAUGCUGAACAACUAGACCCAUACGCCCCUAUCUAGCCAGGGGAUCUGGCCGCAAUGCCUUCCUGCAAUACAAAUCAGAUUUGUGUAUGCAAAUCCAGCAUCACAGAUUUCCUUUUUGAUAUGGGGAGGGGGGAUUUUCCCUUUUCAUAAUCUCACGGCCGCGCUUCUGCUGGCGCGGACGUUUGAGCAUCCGUGUGAACUCCCGAAAGCGUUGGAGUUGGUCGGCGCCAGCAUGCAGGCGGUGCUCGAGGAGACAGCCAUGCGCGGGCGGCCGCGAAGAUUGAGUGUCUGCUCGUCCUAUCAAAUGCAAAAAUGUCUGGGUCUGGAAGAAUGCAAGACUUGUCAUGCAUAUUUCUCAUGACCCAUGAUGCCUGUAAUGCAUGACCUAGCAUCGCAGACUUUUAGGGGGCUCCCUGAUGCACCUUCCGCAUGAGAAGUGCCCUGUCCGUGUAAGCACAAUUUGUGCCUCUCUUGCUGGUCAUACAGUACAAAUUUUUUUAGAGUCCAAAAACAGCAUGACAAGUUGCAAUCUUCCAGACCCAGACACUUUUGCAGUUGAUACGUCCUCCAACUUUGGCCCGGCGGCGAGGAAAAGUUUCUCCGCGUCGGAAACAGCAAAACUAGAAGCACCUGGUGCACCACCAGCCCCCGCGGCUUCUUCACCCAAGGUGGGGCCUACUUCAGGAGCAGCUCCGCCACCUGUCAGUAAGAAGCUCGUGCCGCCGGAGAUCCGGCUGAUUCAGUCGAAAGCGCAACUGGAAAGACCGACAGUUGUGCACUACUGCAGGCGGAUCGGGCAGAACUUAGGCAUCAAGGCCGUCGCUUUCGACAUGGACGGAACUUUGACGCUCCCACACCAGAUCGAUUUCAAGAAACUUCGGACGAUGAUCGACGCCCCGCGGGAUUCGGACAUCCUUGGCUACGUGAAAAGCAUCGAAAGUGAGGAGAAGCGCAGAACCUUAACCGAAACGAUCGAAGCCGUGGAGUUGGCCGGGAAAUACGAAUUGCAGCCGGGCAUUGUCGAGGUGCUAAAGGAAUUGAAAAAGAAGGGCUACAAGCUCGGACUGAUCACGCGGAACCACUUGGGCGGUGUGGAAGUGUUUUUGAAAGAACUUGAGAAAAAGUGGAACAGCAGCUGCACAGCGGCACUACCUGACAUUCGCGUCGUCGCACCAGCAGGGAGUGGUCUUACCACCACGGGUGGCUACGGCUAUCCCGAAGACGGUGCUGGUUUGGGUCAUCCUGAUGCAGGCUGUGGCAGAACAAGUACUGUCGCGAUCUCCAGCGGCUUAUCGUCCGUGACGUCCUCUGCCGGAGGCGGACCGUCCCCUCCGGAAUCUGCUUGUCCGGUGGAUCCAAGAGAGUCCGCGGACUCCGGGUCGUUCUCCAUACCGACAUCCGCGGCCGGUGCGACGGGGAACGGCCACGCGAAGGAGCACGACAAGAAUGCUGGCGGUGGACCAAACGCAUCACAACAUGACUCAUUUCCUUUCAAGAUCUUCGACGGGAUUCGGACCCGCGACUCCCCGGUCGCCCCAAAGCCUAGCGGGGAGGCGAUCCGCGACCUGUGCGAGAAGGUGUUUGGUUGCGAUCCAGAGGAGGUCCUGAUUGUUGGUGACCACGUGGACGACGUGCGGUGCGGGGAGGACGUCGGGGCUUGGACGUGCGAGAUCUUCGAGGGACCCAUUCCGCAUUGCGGAGCGGAUUUCAAGAUCAGUUCGUUGAGCGGGCUGCUGAGGUUUUUGUGA